ACAUUAGAGGUUACAUUUUAUUAAAUUCUGUCUUCUUGCUACAGAGCUGGUUCACGUGGACUUAGCUUACAUUAGGUUAGGUUAGGCUGUUCUUUUCCAUCUAACAAAACGGCGCACGCAUAAAAAGUUAUUCCGAAGAUAAAUCUAAAGAGAAUUUUACUGGCAUCACUAAUAGGAAUUCGGACGUUUAUAUCAUAAUAAAAUUUGUCAAAUUCGUAAGAAUAUGGAAGUGGCUAUCCUUGAACGAUGCGUCAUUAAGAUUGAUUAAUAUCUAAAGCACUUUUCUCGAAAUCAUCGCCGAAAACAUUCGUGAAUAUUGAAUGUGCGAGUUCGAUUCAAUACGCGAGUUUCGAACUUUCGAGUUUUGAUUAAAAUUUCUUCUAACACAUUUCGGGAGAAUUAUAAAAAAUGCAACGUUUGAGAAGAAAAUAUUUCUUAGAAAAAAAGUAAUAUUUAACACAUUGCGGACGGAUGACGAGAUAUCUCGCAUUUCAUGUUACGCAUAUAAAAUAUUAAAAUAUUGAAAAUAAUUUAACAACUUGCAAAUGAAAUGCAAGCUAUUUGCUUCCAGAUUUGUUUAAUUCUUUUGCCAGAUAAUUCGUCCCCGGCUAUUUUUGUACUUGCAUCCUGAAGCCAAGAAUCUUUUAGCAGCUCACAUUUAACCAGCUAAUCUGCCAGAAGCAAAUCCCCCGGACGAAUUUUACGUCCGCAUUUUCUGGAAACUCGUUUAACGAACGCUCUUUCCACUGCCCCUGCGUUUUGUUUUACUCGUCCAGAGAAACCGGAGGAUCAACCUUGUCGAAAGCUUGUCGCGAGCGGUUUUUUCUUUCUUAUUUCGAGAAGAAUGGACGUCACGUCCUCUCUUCUCUUGUACGGCAGUGGCAUUCUCGCACGUCCCUCUCGUCGUCUAUAAAUACGAGCAUGGGGGACACCAUAGCGUCCAGUUCUAUCGGAAUACCCGACGAUUGCGCGUUUGAAAAUCGAAUAUAGAAAAAUGACCGGCAAAUCGGUGGUGAUCGGCCUCGCGCUGAUUUGCGGCUUGCUGCUCACGUACUCAAUGGCCGAAGAGAGAUACUCGAGUAAAUAUGACGACAUCGAUAUCGAUGCGAUACUGGCCAAUCCUCGUUUGAGAAACCAAUACGUCAGCUGUAUGCUGAACACCUCCCCCUGUGUCACCGCAGCUGCACGCUUCUUGAAAGAGAAAUUUGCAGAGGCGUAUAUCACGAGGUGUAGAAAAUGCACGGAGAAGCAAGUAGCCUUCCUAGACAAAAUUACUGAUUGGUAUAUGAAAAAUGACCCCGCCACUUGGAAACGCGGUGUGGAGAUGGUCAUUAAAGAAUUGCGAAAUAAAAAUAUGUAAAUGUCAUCACGUGACGUCUCUGUGGUGACGUCGCAAUUAAGCUUAAUCCUCAAAUUUUGCAUCUCUUGCGACGAUAGCAUUAUAGAUUUUCUUGGUACAUUCAAUAAAAUUAAAUUUACCGAGAA